UUUCCACGGUUCGAUUAAAAGCCGGGGAAAACCUCGAGGCUUUGCAUCGGUCGCUGGUGUCCAGCGUCUCCGUUCGCCGGCAGCGCAGAAGAGGACGACGCAGCGGCGGAGAAGAGGAGCACCGUGGCGCCAUCUCGCACCAUUCUCCUCUCAGAAAAUUUUUUCUCAGCGCAGCAUUCGACUGCCAGAUAAUUGAUAAGAGGAGGUUGCAAGGGCGCAAGAACAUGGCAGACUUGGAGAACUUGCUGCUGGAGGCAGCAGGAAGGACAACUGCAUCUGGAAGUAGGUCAAGGAUGCAGACUAAGAGAUCAUAUUCAGACGAACCUAGUUAUUCCAAGUCCUCAUCAGAGGAUGAAGAUUCAGAUGAUCCUGGUUUUGCUAGCAGAAAGCCUUCUGGGUCUCAAAUUCCACUUAAGAAGAGGUUUGACGCAGCUGAAAAGGACGACGAAAGGGGCAACAGGGAUGAGGAUCACAUUGAUGAUGAUGACAGUGGGCAUGACUCUGAUAGUGAUUCUGUGGGUAGUGACCUUUACAAAGAUGAUGAUGACAGGGAAAAAUUGUCAAAAAUGACAGAAUUAGAGCGGGAGAUGAUUCUAGCGGACAGGGCAGAGUCAAGAGAUGAUAUUUUGAAGAAAAAGAAAGCGGGAGCAUGGCAGGGCGACAAAAAAAAUCGGCCUACAAAGGAGGCUGCUCCACCACCAUCCCGUGGGCGUGCAUCAACGGCAAAACCUGGAAGAAGUGAAUACAAAGAUGCUUUGGUUGAAUUGGCAGCAAGGCGCAAGGCUCAGGAUGCUAGCAACCAGCGGAAAAAGAGGGACUUCACUAGUGGAAGCAGCCGAUAUUCUCCAAAGAGAAAAGCUAUGACAUCCAGUCCUAUCAGUGAUUCACCUCCAGGCAGAGGUAGGAGCAAAGGAGGCAGCAGCAUCUCCAGCGACAGUGAAGGCAGCAGUAAUGAAAGUGAGAAAGCAAGUGCUGAUGAUGACUCAAGUGGUGGCCACAAUUUGGUUGAAAGCGAUGAUGAUGGACACACCGACAAGGAGACUGCAACAUUCGAGGAUAUCAAAGGCAUAACAGUUCGCCGGUCCCGGCUUCUAAAAUGGUUUAUGGAGCCUUUUUUUGAGGAUGCAAUUGUUGGAUGCUUUGUUCGGGUUGGAAUUGGAAUGUCCAAGACUGGGCGCAGCAUAUAUAGGCUUUGCCUGGUCAGGAAUGUAGACGCCUCAGAUCCUGAUAGGCAGUACAAGUUUGAGAAUAAGACCACACACAAGUACCUCAAUUGUGUGUGGGGCAAUGAGAAUGCAGCAGCAAGGUGGCAGAUGGCUCGGGUCUCGGACUCACCCCCAUUGGACGAAGAGUUCUCGGAGUUGCUACGAGAAAUCGAGCGACAUGGUGGGCAUAUGCCAAGCAAGACUAAUGUGCUGGAGAAGCGUGAAGCCAUUCAGAAGCUCAGCAACUUUGUAUAUUCAGCUGCAACAGUCAAGCAGAUGUUGCAAGAAAAGAAAUCUGCUUCUAUCAGGCCAUUGAACAUAGCAGCUGAGAAAGAUAGGCUGAGGAAGGAGAUGGAUAUAGCACAGAGCAAGGGUGACCAUGAUGAAGUGGAAAGAAUCAGAGGGAGGUUGCAGGAGUUAGAGGCUAUGUCUAGGCAAGUGAAGGAUAAAGACUCCAAGGCCAUGAAGCUGGCAGAGAUGAACAGGAAGAACAGGGUGGAGAAUUUCAAGAAUGCAUCUGAGCUCAAGCCAGUGAAUACUAGCCUGAAAGCAGGUGAGGCUGGGUAUGAUCCCUUUUCUCGAAGGUGGACACGAUCACGAAACUACUAUGUAUCAAAACCAGCAGAAGAAGAUGAUCUGAAAGUACCGACUGCUGUAUCUGGUCAUGACCGAGACAAGGCUGGAGAGGUAGCAACUGCAGCUGCUCUUGAAGCAGCAGCGGGUGCUGGAAAGCUUGUCGACACAAAUGCACCUGUGGAUGCAGGGACCGAGUUACAUAUGCUCCAUGACUUUGACCUGCCAAUCUCUCUUUCUGGGUUGCAGAAAUUCAAUGGACCCCAGGGUGCAUUUUUGGCAUUCAUGGCAAAGAAACAGCGGUUAGAGGCUACAAUUGGUGUCAAAAUCCCAGAGAACGAUGGAAGAAGGCAUACCUUGACUUUGACUGUUAGUGAUUACAAGCGCCGAAGAGGCUUGCUUUGAAUGAACGUUGUAUGUUAUUGGUUGUCCAUCCAAAAAACUGCCAUUUUGGUCUCUGGCUCUUUCAAGGCUUCGCACAUUGUUUUCGUUUAGAAGAUCGUGGGUCAAGAUAGAAGUUACUUGGUACUGUAGUAAUUAUCAACUCAACAAAAGUUAAGUUUCACUUGGGCGUGGUAGCAAUCAGCUGAGCUGGGUAAAUCUUCGUUAAUCUUUCUUCCUUGCUAUUUCGUAGCAUGUGACACCUAAUCUAGAAGUGAUUGAGAGGAUUUUUUUUUUUCCUGUAUAUGUUGGUUGUAAUCUCUGAGUGACGUUUAUCUCAUACCAUUUUUCUGUUUUUC